UAAGGAGUGUCUCAAAGGGACACAUGCUACUAAAUGAUGGUCAGGAUUACCCACCUUACGCAGCUCAAAUCCCCCCACACACACACAGAGUUACAGAGGCUGUAGGGUUAUCUUUUUAAGGGUAUGUUCUAAGAGGUUAAUAUAAUAUUUUGGCAUGCUUGUAAAUAGUGGAAUAGAAUUAGCAUUGUAAUUUGGCGACUUAAGUGUACUUGGCAGAAUAAUCGUAGAUCAUUUGCAACAAUGUCAGCCACAAGUGCGAUCGCAAGGAAAAAUUUCUUUUUCCUAAGUUCCCGAAGAGGGGGUAGGAUUCUAGUAUACAACGAACAUACCUAUAAAUUACAUAGGACAUAUAAAGGAAUAGAACAAUGGAGAUGUAGGCACAUGAAGCCUCAUUGCUCUGCACGCCUUCGAACCAAAAAUAAUGAGAUAAUAUCAGAAUUCGGGUCACAUAAUCAUGAAAAUGAUGCAAAGGUGAUCAAGAAAUGGAUAUUUACGAACGACAUGGAACGGCAAGCUUUUGAACAAAAUACGGUUCCUGUGAAAAGAUUGUACGAUCAAGCAGUUGGAAAACGUGCAACAUCCCUGGAGGCUGCUGCCACAAUACCCAAAUUCAUCACUCUUGCAAAAAAGAUGUACAGGGCCAGGCAUGCCCCCCUAAUACAUGUUCUGCCACAUUCUGUAGAUGAAAUUCAUCUAACAGAAGAGUGGCAGAACAAGACAGGUGGCCGAAAAUUCCUUUGUAUAGAUGAUGGCCAAGGGGAAGAAAGAUUUCUGGUAAAUAUAAAAGCAAUAAUAUCUAAAUAUUGCGGAACUAAAAAAGAUUACCUGAAUUUAUAAUUUGCUCUAUUUAAACUAAUAACUUAUCGCUUUUGAAUAAAUAGUGAAAAGUUACCAGAAAAUAUAGGGAGGGAUCUAAUAUUGAUGGUUUACAAAUAAUGGGCUGUAACAUAACUAAAGGGAAUAAAGCAAAACCAAUGAAAUUAAUUGUAUCUAUACACAAUUAGGUAGAAACUGAGGUAAACAAUUACCAUGAAGGAAGAAAGAAAAAAAUUGAAAAU